AACAGAAAGAAUAUAUCGAUAAAGUCUCAUCACCAAGCAGCUGUUCCCAAUGUUUGAAAGAUGAGCCCAAUGGGACGCAAACCACCAGUUUCGUGGUCGCAACAUUACGAACUGAUGCUUUUCGAUAUGUGGGAGAAAAACUUGAGCGAUUUGGAGCCCGGUUCCGGCAAAAUGAAUAUUGAAAUUUACAAAAUGAUGGCGCAAAAGCUGGACGAUGCUGGUUUUAUUGGAAUCGAGUGGAAAUCGGUAUGCACCAAGCUGCACAACAUAACCAGGAAGUAUAGAUUGGAGGCCAAAGAGCCGGUGUCGAAUUGGAUUUACUUUAACAGGCUCAACAAGAUGCUCAAGAACUGGAGACCUGAAAACCCACGUAAUCCAGCGUACCAGAGUAAAAAAAAGAGUUUUGAGGAGUUUAAGACAGAGUAUGAAGAAACUGAAUAUUUGAGCGGAUAUCUAAAGGUCAAUGGCGAACGUGAGAAUGAAUCUUGGCAGCAACAAAUAGACCCGCUGUCACAUUCUGGAGUCCUCAAUGAUGAUCUGUCUCCUCCACCUACUCGUGAAUCUGCUGGUAAGAACGAAAUGACGGCCUUCGAGGCCAGAAUGCUGGCAGCCUCACAGGAACGUAACAAGGAGCUGCAAAAGUUAAGGAAGGCUUUAACUGACAUAGGCCAAAGGCGUCUGGGCGUCUUGGAGCGCAUGGAACAAACGAUGAACCGCAUGGAAGAAGAAAAUGCUAAAUACCACCAACAAAUGUUUGAAAAGAAAUCAUAACAAGAAGAUUUCCCUCCUAAAGUCACAUUUAUGUAGGUCUUAGAAUAUAGUUUACUAUAAUUUAACAGUUUACAUACAUGUAAAUGUCCACAAAAGCAACUUUUGUGGAGGAGAAAUCCUUUAUUUUUAUCUCUAAUCAAAAUAGCGCCAAAUAUUUUUGAAAAAAGCUAAGCCAAAAUAGAGCUUUCAAAAAUCAUUCACACAGCAGCGUUGAGAAUGCCAUUUUUAUUCCAAGCACCCAGCGAAAGCGUCAAGAGCCCUAAGCUUA